AUGGCAUGGAAUGGUCCAUAUUUUAUUAAUGUGUACUGGAGAAAUAAAUAUGUUGUGGAAGAUGGCACGAUCAGAACAUUUGAUAACAGGGCAGAUGCGACAUUAGUUAUUGAGCGGAAGCUGUCGUAUUCUGAGUUUUUGGGCAGAAUUUGUGAUAAAGCGGGUUGGGAUAGAAAUUAUGUAAAUCUGAGAAUUAACUUGUUGUUUGAAAACAACGGUGUAAGACGAAGCGCAACAAUUACGGACGACUCGUCAGUGGAAAUUAUUUAUUAUUUUUCAGGUUCAUCAUAUUUGGAGCUAUAUGUUGAAAAUGAAGACACGGUGCAGGCCCAAAAUUUGUUAGAUCUGUCAGGACAAAAACAGGAUGUUACAUUUGUGUCGCAACAGGACCAGCAAUAUUGGAUGAAUAAUUCUCAACAUGCAGAAGCAGGGCCUAGCAGGAGCAGCGGCGAUGGAUACGUUGCAGAGGGACAUGGUGGGGGUCAAAAUGAUGACUUUGAUUCAUCAGAUGAGGAUGAUGCAUCAGACGGGACUUAUGUAGAAAGCGAAGAAGAAGUUGACUACCAAACUGAUGUGUCUGACGAAACCGACUUAGAAGAUGAAGAACAAGAAGCAGACGCAGGAGCAGAAGCAGUGCAGAACUUAGUUACGUCUGAUUUUGGUCAACAUGUUUAUUCAGACAUUGGUGAUUAUAAAAAUAGCAUACUGGAUCGAGAUGAAUUUGAAGUUAAGAUGUGGAAAGGUGAUAGAGAAAACCUUGAUUUGAAUACCUGUUUCAACAACAGGGAUGAAGUUGAGGCAGCUAUCGAAGACUGGAACAUAUAUCACAACAGGCAAUUUUAUGUUCUUUCUUCUGGACGUAAGUCAUGGUCUUCAGAGUGCGCGACAAGAAGAAUGCAAACUCCAAUUGGGCAAUCUACUUGUGCGUGGAGGAUGCGUGCAUCUUUGAAGAAGAAUGGUCUGUGGCAAAUUGUGUCCUGGGUUGAUCGUCACAAUUGCGUUGGAAUAACCAGACAAAAUGACCAUCGCAAUUUGAGGUCGAAGUUAAUAGCCAGACUUAUCAGGCGUAGUGUUGAAAAUGAUCCUGGUUUUAAGGUGAAAUCAAUCAGGGAUGCUGUGAAGGAAGCUUAUAAGGUGGAUGUGAAGUACAAGAAGGCAUGGCAUGCAAGAAGAAAAGCUAUCGAAGCGUGUUAUGGUAGCUGGAUCGACAAUUUCACGGAAUUGCCAUGGUAUUGUCUUCGACAUGUUCGGAGUAACAUGGUGGCGAAACACAAAAAACAAAUAGCUCGAACAAAUCUGGUGUGCUGGAAAAUGGGCAAGAAGAGGCAAAAUCACAAGUUUCUAAAAUUUCAGCAACAACUGAGAGAGUGCAAUGAAGCAGGUCUUGCUUAUAUGAUGGCUAUACCGAGGGAGAGGUGGAGUCUUGCCUACGAUCAAGAUUAUGCACGUUGGGGCAUGUUGACAACAAAUAUAUCUGAGAGUUACAACAAUGUUCUGAAGGGUGUUCGAUUUUUACCAAUUAGAGCUGUGGUGGAAUCGACUUUGGCGAAGACAAUUAAGUUCUUCCGUGAUCAGUAUGCAGAUGCCUUGAAGUGCAAUACUCCUAUCGGAGAUAAAUAUUGGAAGAAAUUCUGCAAGUAUGAGAAUACAGCAGCAACUCACAAAGUGGAGCUGUAUGAUUUCCAGCAACAAGUGUAUGGGGUCAUUACAGGUUGGCGUCGUAUAGGGAAAGGUGGUAAUGAACACAAAGUAGAAUACAGGGAUUGGCGUUGUUCAUGCAAGAAGUGGCAGACUUACAGGCUUCCUUGUUCGCACGCAUUGGCUGUAUGUCGGUGGAUUGGUGAUCACCCAGAAAACAUAAUACAUGAAUAUUAUAAGACGAGCACAUGGCGUGAGCAGUUUCGUCGUUCUAGGUUUGUUCCCGUCCCAAGAAGAGAAGAGUGGGUGUCUCCAGGGUGGAACCUUGUUCCUGAUUAUGUCAAUUUAGUUCCGUAUAAUGCCGUAGGGCGUCAACAACAGCGGCGAUUCUUGAUGUCCAUGGAUUAUACGGGCAGGGGUGCACGUAGAAGAUGUAGGAGAUGCGGUAGUCGAGAUCAUUUAACAAGGCAUUGUCAUCGUUCGCACCGCUUAGCUGAUCGGACUAGAUUGGAAGUCAACUGGGACGCAAAUGGUUUCGAAAAUAUUUGGGCUUAUGAACGAAUCCCAAGAAUUCGCCCCAUCAGAAAAAAUCCGGAAGAUGACGAUCACACCUUGGCCUUGGGUUCAAGAUGGAGGUGUUCAUUGGAUUUUUCGCAGGUGGCCUCUCACUGUCUCCCAGCACAACAAGAUCAACUCGCGAGCCUUAGGAAGGUUGAAGAUUUUAUUUGGCAACCUUAUGAAGGAGUGGAGAUACCUGAAAGAUGUACACGGGGUCGAGAUCAUUGGCAAUCCAACACUUGGCUAAUUUGCUGGGAUGUCAUUGAACCGCAUCAAGUUGACCGUGUGAUGCGACAAUUUGGCUUCAAACAAUUCAUCCCACCACAACCAAUGAUUGUUGGUUUCCAAGAAUGGGAAAAGUUGCACAAGUAUGGUAGGACUGGAAGAGGUGGAAACAAUUGGGAGUUACAUCAUCGUGAAUACAUCGAAAAAUGGAACAACAGGGCAGACUCCAUUGUGGCUGGGUCUCCGAGAGCUCAAUCCUCAACCGAUGAUGAUUAUCUCCCAUGGUAUGAAAGUAAUACCAUCAAAUUUAUCAAGGAUCCCAAUAAGUACAACUUUCAGGAGGAAGGGUAUCGUGAACAUUCUGAUCGUGCAAAAUUCUAUGCUGAUGCUUUGAGCGACAUCUGCAAAAUGGUAGAAGACUACAAGAAAUCAGAAGAUGUCUGCCAAAAUUCAGUUUGUACGAAUCUCCUUCUUGAACUCACUUCUCAUUCUAUGAGUGCUUUAUCCCUUGGAGCACAUGAGAUGCCAUUUUUGAUACCCACACAAUCACUUGUUGAUCUUCAACCACAACCUUCUCAACCGGUUGGCAAAGUUCGCAAAUGGAACAUUCCUCACCGUGGGAUUGGAGGAGGAAGGCAGAAAAUUGUUGAAGAAGAAGAACCAGAAUUUGAUUUUGAACUCAAUGCCGACUUGUUUCAAACUCCAACCCCCCAUCAUCAGGACGAAGCCAACCAAGAAGGUGAAUCUACAAAUAUGGAUGUCGAAUCUAGUCUACCUUUGGCGUUAGCAAGGCCGCGUAGAAAACUAAAGAAAGUCAAUCGCUACACGCCAUCCACUGCCCAACCCGAGGAGGAAUUGUAA